AAGACCUCCCAGCUGUGGAGCAAGUCGAAGGAUGAUCUGAACAACCAGUUGCAGGAGCUGAAAUCGGAGUUGAUCCAGCUCAGGACCAGCAAGGUCGCUGGAGGUGCUUCGACCAAACUCACCCGCAUCCACGACGUCAGGAAGGGCAUUGCUCGCGUUCUGACCGUCAUAAACGCCAACCAGCGGGCGCAGCUCCGUCUCUUCUACAAGAACAAGAAAUACAUCCCGCUCGACCUCCGACCCAAGCAGACGCGCGCUAUCCGCCGACGGCUCACCAAGCACGAGGCCUCGCUCGUCACCGAGAAGCAGAAGAAGAAGCAGAUGCACUUCCCGCAGCGAAAGUACGCCGUCAAGGCAUAG